AAGAAAAUCAUUCCAAUUGUCGGGCAUUGGGAUUGUGGAAGUCCGGGCAAGUUCAUUUGCAAAUUGCAAUUUCACAGUCGAUUCAAUCCUUGCUUCUUGGCCUCUGCCGGUCACUGUUGCUGCGAUGGCGCAGAAGAAGACCCGUCCAUCCUCCGAUGACCCAGAGGAGCUCACCCGUACCCCUCUCCAGGCUGUCCUGCUAGCCGACAGUUUUGCUCAGAAGUUCCGGCCCAUAACCCUCGAGCGUCCCAAGGUGCUAUUGCCGCUGGUGAACAUUCCGAUGAUCGAGUACACCCUUGCCUGGCUCGAGUCAGUCGGGGUCGAGGAAGUGUUUGUUUUCUGCUGCGCCCACUCUCAGCAGGUGAAAAGCUACCUGGAAAAUUCCCAGUGGACGAAGCAGCCUGGCGCUUUCUCCGUAAACACUAUCGAAUCUCACGACGCCAUCAGUGCCGGAGAUGCCCUACGUGUCAUCUAUAGUCACGGAGUUAUACGGGGAGAUUUUGUUCUCGUAAGUGGCGAUACAGUUAGCAACAUGAGCUUAGCUAAAGCACUCAGUGAACACAAAGACAGGAGGAAGAAGGACCCUCUUGCUAUAAUGACCAUGAUCAUCAAACAUUCGAAGCCCUCAAAGUUGACACAUCAAACCCGUCUUGGGAAUGAUGAAAUUAUUAUGGCUGUUGACCCUGAUACUAAAGAACUUCUUUAUUAUGAGGAUAAGGCGGACCUCUCACAGCAUCAUAUCACCCUUGAUAAGAUGUUGCUUUCUGAGAAUUCUGCUCUUUCCUUACACAAUGAUAAGCAGGAUUGCUACAUCGAUAUCUGCUCUCCUGAAGUUCUUAGUCUCUUUACUGAUAACUUUGACUACCAACAUUUACGCCGUCAUUUUGUAAAGGGCCUGCUUGUUGAUGAUAUCAUGGGAUACAAAAUUUUUACUCAUGAGAUUCAAUCGAGCUAUGCAGCAAGGGUAGACAACUUUAGGAGUUACGAUACAAUUAGCAAAGAUAUACUUCAGAGGUGGACAUAUCCUUUUGUUCCGGACGUUCAGUAUUUAGGAAAUGGCUUGCAGAUGAAGUUAGACAGAGAAGGAAUCUAUAAAGCACCUGAGGUUGUCCAGUCACGUUCUGCACGCAUUGAUGCUUUUACCGUGCUUGGUAAUGCAGCCACAGUUGGUGAUGAUACUAUUAUCUCUAAUUCAGUGAUCGGUCAAGGUUGCACAAUCGGGCACAAUGUUGUAAUAGAAGGUUCUUAUAUAUGGGAUAAUGUCAUCAUUGAAGAUGGUUGUAAAUUAAGCCAUGCUGUUGUUUGUGACGGUGUUCAUCUAAGGACAGGUGUAGUUCUUGAGCCUGGCGUCAUAUUAUCCUUCAAGGUUGAGGUUGGGCAGCAAAUAGUGAUUCCUGCUUACUCGAAUGUUUCCCUUCUUCCACAACCAUCCAAGCAGGAUAGUGAUGAAGAAUUGGAAUAUGCUGAUGCUAGCACGGGAAUUAUCGAAAGCCCAUCAAUUGCUACUAUGAUGAAUACUCAGAAAGUGGAUAUUGGUUUUGGUACCUCAGAUAUGAAUAGGUUGGGGACAUCUGAGCGUUGGCAGGAGCGUGCAAUUCUGCUUAAUGAUUUCUUUUUCGACUUUCUUGAAUCUCGUGCUCCCGUUCCUCUGCAUCCUAACUAA